AUAAUGUCCGUCAACUUACGUUCCGUGUUUGCUUUCGCCAAGGAGUACCAUCAGAAGAAGGAAUCGCAGAAGGAUAUUCAGUAUGGAACGGCUGGAUUCCGAUCACAUGCUGAUAACCUGGACUACGUAAUGUAUCGAAUGGGUGUGCUGGCAGCGCUUCGUUCGCGGGCGAAAGCGAGUCAAGCGAUCGGUGUAAUGAUAACGGCUUCCCACAAUCCGGAACACGAUAAUGGGGUGAAACUGAUCGAUCCGCUCGGCGAAAUGUUGGAACAACGCUGGGAAAAGCUAGCCACCGAUCUCGUCAAUGUGGCCGAUAGCGAAUUGGAGGCGCAGGUGGCGAAAAUUUGUGACGAUGAGCAAAUCGAUAAUAACGAACCGGCCAGGGUGUUUGUCGGUAUGGAUACACGCUACCACAGCCCGCAACUAUCGCGUGCCGUUGUGAACGGUAUUCUAGCACUGAAAGGAACGGUCACCGAGUUUGGUAUCGUAACCACACCGAUGUUGCACUAUUUCAUUACUUGUACCAACACGCAAAAUGCGUACGGACUACCUACGGAGGAAGGCUACAUGAACAAGCUGAUUACGGCUUUCAAAGCGCUUCGUGGAGAGACUUGCGAGCAGGGUCACUAUCGGAACCAGUUGUACUACGACGGAGCAAACGGCGUGGGUUCGCUAAAGAUGCUCGGUUUCAUCAAAAAGCUAAAUGGAGCGCUCAACGUGAAAGUGUUCAACAGCAAUGGCAAAAUCAACUUUAAAUGCGGUGCAGACUUUGUGAAAACGAAUCAUCGCGUUCCGGAGGGUUUACCCGAGGAAGCAUUGACAAGUGGACGCUGCUGUUCGGUGGAUGGUGACGCCGAUCGUGUGGUGUACUAUUUCACCGAUAAUGAAGGAGUUUUCCAUCUGCUGGACGGCGAUCGAAUAGCAACACUGCUGGCCGGUUAUUUGAAGGAUCUUGUAGGGCAGUGCGGUGUCCAGCUAGAAAUGGGUUUGGUGCAGACCGCCUAUGCUAACGGAGCCUCUACAGAUUACAUCGUAAAUCAAAUGAAAAUCCCUGUAAGCUGCACUCGGACGGGUGUCAAACAUUUGCAUCAUAAAGCACUCGAGUACGAUAUUGGUGUAUACUUUGAGGCAAAUGGACACGGUACUAUCAUCUACAGUGAUAAGGCGAAGCAAGUUAUACGGGCAGCGAGUUCCGAUGAAACCCGCACCGAAGAACAGCGUAAAACCGCAACCAGACUGCUUCAAUUCGUGGACCUUACGAAUGAAACCGUCGGCGAUGCGAUCUCCGAUAUGCUGCUGGUCGAAACGGUGCUCCAUGCUAAGGGCUGGAACCUAGAUGACUGGCUGGCAAGCUAUACCGAUUUGCCUAAUGUGUUGGAAAAGGUUUACCUCGCCGAUCGUAACGUUAUCACCGUUACGGAUGCAGAUCGAGUGGUGGUUUCACCGGAUGGACUGCAGGAUUCGAUCGAUGAAAUUGUAUUGAAAUUCCCGAAGGGCCGUUCAUUCGUGCGACCAUCCGGAACGGAGGAUAUCGUGCGGGUGUAUGCCGAGGCCGACACACGAGCAAAUGCUACUCAGCUAGCGUUCGAGGUGGCUAAUCUGGUGUUCGAUCGAGCCGGUGGUGUUGGCACGCGUCCCGUUAAAAUGGAAUGA